UUAUCAGUAGGGAAGUUAAGUAGUGGUUAUAUUUCUUAUCUAUAAUACAACCAUGCUUGAAUUUGUAUGACCAAGGGCUACUUUGUUUUUACAAAAAAAAAGCAAAAAAAUUGAUCAACAUGACAAAACCGCCUUUGUACAAAUUAAAAUCCACGCUGAGAGUUUGCAGCGGUGCGUUUGCUGUUUUUUCCGCGUACUGUUUGUACAAGGAGGAUGAGAAAUUCUACGAUGGCUUUGUCAUGCCUCUGGCGCACACUUUCAGCCCGGAAACUUCGCACAGGCUUGCUGUUGCUGUCAAUAAAUACCGGCUCCUGCCUAAAUCGCAGUACAGCGAUCCUUCUUGCCUGAAAACAAAAGUAUGGGAUUUGAGCUUUUCGAACCCGAUUGGUAUGGCUGCUGGUUUUGACAAGGACGGUGAAGCGAUCAAGGGACUUCACGAACUUGGAUUUGGCUUCGUUGAAAUCGGUUCAGUUACCCCUGAGCCACAACCUGGCAAUGAAAAACCCAGGGUUUUCAGGCUAAAAGAGAAUAGUGCUAUUAUAAACAGGUAUGGUUUCAACAGCGAGGGCCAUACAAAAGUGUAUGAAAGAAUUAAAGAAUUGAGGGAAAAUAAUUUUCAAGGCAUUGUCGGUGUCAACCUCGGAAAAAAUAAAUAUUCAAAAGACCCAAUUGGGGAUUAUGUCAAAGGAAUAAAAACAUUUGGCCCUGUCGCCGAUUAUCUUGUUAUUAACAUUUCGAGCCCAAACACACCAGGGUUGAGGGAUUGGCAGAAUAAAGAACAACUGAAAGAGCUUCUUAUCGAGUUAGUAAGGACAAGAGAUUCAUUGGAAGAUCGCAAGCCGCCUCUUCUCGUCAAACUUGCCCCGGAUCUUUCCCAAUCUCAAAGAGCUGACAUCGCCAAACUCGUCACCGACAAAAAGUGUCGAAUCGACGGACUUGUCAUUUCUAACACGAGCGUCGAAAGGGGAAAUCUCACUGGCAAACAUGUCAAUGAAGAAGGCGGCCUCAGUGGUAAACCGCUUUCAGAUACAUCAACCCAAAUGAUAUCAGAAAUGUACAACUUGACUAAAGGGCAAAUACCAAUAAUUGGAGUAGGUGGAGUAUUUUCUGGAGAAGACGCUUAUAAGAAAAUCAAAGCUGGGGCUAGCCUUGUACAAAUGUAUACAGCUUUUGUAUAUCAUGGUCCUCCAAGAGUGUCACGCAUUAAAAAUGAAUUAUAUCAAAUACUUAAGUCAUCUGAAUAUGAAAAUGUAACAGAAGCGGUGGGAAAAGAAAACAAACUAUGAUCUAUCUUGGAUGUUCUAAUUGCAUUAUUUUUCCAACACAAAAUAUUUUUUAAAUGAACCUCAUUUUGUGUAAAUGUGUAUAUAUAAUGUUAACUGUAAUAAAUUAUUUUUCUUACAAUAAAAAGAUAUGUGCCUAUUAAGCGACUCUA